CGAGUACAUUAAUUGGGUGUGUCUAUGCAACAAUGGUUGAAUUAAACUUACACAAUAGGCCUAACAACUUUUCCUAUCUUCAACUCUUACCUAACCAGUACAGAUCAUCACUCAUCAGGUUAUAUAUAACAGAAAGAAUUAGGCAAGCAUGGAACAUAUUGAAUUUUGCAAGCAUAUAAUUUAUCAUUUUAAAUAACUAUGAUCUUGAAUUUUCAAUUCCUAAGAGAAAAAAUGUUGCAGCACCCCUUGAGUACUCAUUUGAUUCCGCUCGAGUGGCAAAGUCGAGGUUCUCCAUCACCUAAUUUUUCGAUUGUUUCGCGCCGAUCAUCGGGUGUUAAGUUAUCUGCUCUGAACAACCACAACACUUUAGCUUUCAACAACAUUAGCGGUGGCAAAGGGAUGAAUUGGUUCCACGAAAUAAAACUAGAGGUUCGGGAUCAUGAAGUGGAUCGAUAUGGAGUAGUUAAAGAUUCUAUUUAUGCAAAUUAUUGUGAAUACGGUCAGUUUCAACUAUUCAAAGACGAGAUCGGAGCAGAGGAUGAAGUUUUAGCUAUUACAGAAAUGUCAUUCAAAUAUAUCGCACCUUUAAGGCGUGGAGAUAGAUUUGUUUUGAAUGUGAAGUUAUACGACUACUCUGCCACUCGACUAUACUUUGAAAAUCUCAUCGUCAAGCAACCAAACCUACAGGUUCUUUUUCGGCCAAUUUUGGAGGCAAAAUCAACAAUCGUUUGCCUGGAUAAAAACUAUCGUCCAGUUCGUAUAUCUCGGAGAACGAUAUCUAAAUUCAAUCAGUUUCUCGUUCAGUACUGAACUUUUUGCCCCGUAAAAAUUUGAUAUCUUAUUUUGUUUUACCUAUAUGUAUUUUAUGGAGUUAUUUGCACAGACCCUUCCGUGUAAAUUCUGAUGGGUAAAAAAGUCCAUAUGUUAAAAUAAUUAGCACAGACUCCCCUAUGUCCUGUUUUAUUUAGUCCGCCACCCCUUACAUAGUUUGGCGUGUUGACUUAAUUGAAAUGACAUAUUUACUCCUAAUUAAAAAAUAAAGCAAACAUACAGAAAAUACUUAAAAACACGUCAUCAUCAUCUUCUUCAUCUCUCAUCACAUCCUCUGCCAUCGUCGCUACAAAUGGUCCGCCGGAGACACCAACAAGCUCAUUUCAUUCUAGAACUUGCCCUGACGAAUCCCCAAAUUGCGAACCACGACACCCACAUGCAACUUCCAUUGUGUUUCUUGAAAAAACGAGACUCUUCGCCAUUGAUUUGAUCUUCUGAGAAACCAUGGCCCGAAAACUCCGAAGAAACAAUCGACAACCCUCUACUUCCAAUAAUGGUCGUUGCCGCCGCACGAAGACGAAGAUGGUGGAAGAAAAGUCAUUUUUUGGGCCUCCACUUUCACCGCCCGGUCUCACCGCCCACCGCCGCACACCUCCGUCGCGGGAUGGGACAAACUCAAUUGGGAGAAGAGCGACCAAUCAUUGGCCGUCUCCACUCCCAUUGCAAAUCCACGUCUAACUUGCGGUUGUGGGAGGCAGAUCUGAAAGAUGUGGUGGUGGUGGGGUGGUGCAGAAGGACUGCUUGGUGGUGGUGAGAAGCGACGGAGGGCUGAGGUGGGUUUUUCUUGGCUAACAAUUCAAUCCCUUGACUUUGGAGAAAAGGGCUUUUCUGGAAUUUCAAGGGAUUGAAUUGAAAAAAUUGAAAACUUUAUUUGGGGCUUAUUUUUGAAAUUUACAAUGUAAAGGGUAUUUUGGUCUUUUCACGUCAAAAUUUGAGCUCCAUUCGAAUAUUUGGCGGGUGUAUCACACGACCAACUCGUAGGGGCUUUCAUAUCGUUGACUAUGUAACACAUGAGAGGUAUGUGCUAAUUGUUUUAACAUAUGGGUUUUAUUAGCCAUUAGACAUUACACAGGAGGUG